UUGACUGAUACUGAUACUGAUCCCAUAUCCAGGAGUUUUCAUUAGUAACGGGGAAUACAUUACUGUAUUUCUGUCCCGUCUGCUCCACCAUCUGAUCUGCCUCCAUGGUACCCAUGGCUACUGAGUGCGUAUCGUAUUGAAUGCUUGAAUCACGCACAGCCAUUAUAAGAUGGUCAUGAUAGGUCGUCAGGGCACUCACGACGACUUCUAGGCCCCCUAUUCACACUAGAGAUGGCGCUAAACAUUUUGAGCUUGGUGGACGACCCGAAGACGCUAGGAAGGGCGUCACAACUCAGCCGACAUUGGGGGAAGCUCGUGGAGGAUGAGGCUGUGUGGAGGAGGAUGUGUAGGCUUUGGGAGUUUGGGUCCCCCGUGCAGAGAGCUUUUCUGGAUGAUGGGGAUGACGAUGAUGAUAUAUGGGGGCAGGGAAGGAAAAAGCAGAGACAUCGUUUCAGCACGUUGCUCUUUUCCUACAAAUCCCAUUUCAAGUACUCGUACUCGACCAUGAUGAACUGGCGCUAUGGCGGCCGCCUGCUUCGUGCCCACCGUGUGCCGGUAGUCAAUCCAACGAACGGCGUUAUCACCUCCAUCGCCUUGGAUGAUGAUUGGGUGGUGGUCGGACUCGCAAAUUCGCGAAUACAUGUGUUCAGUACUUGGACGGGUGUUUUGGCUCGAACUCUUGUGGGCCACGAAUCCGACAUUUGGGGGGUGCACUUGGUCAGUUGCGGAGGGAGAAGGAGAAAGAGGGAAGAGAGCCUGGGGAUGGAGGAGGAUGGCGAGGAGUGGAAUAUUCCUCAUUCGCUGCGAGUUGCCCUCGGUUUAGAGGGCGAAAUCGACAAGGAGGAUAGCGACGACGACGACGACACUAAGAACCCCCAUUUCGGGGUUUGUGGUGCGUCUGAAGGAUGGGGCCAGCCAAACUCUCUCGUCGUCAGCGGCGGCUGCGACAAGGUUAUACGGGUCCGGAUACUGCAUAUACGUCUUGUAUGGACAUACGUCGACGAUACGGUGCAUCGAUGCCGCAGAAUCGACCGAUUGCAGUUAGUGGGCGAGUGAUCACAUUCUCACUAUCGUCAUACAGUGUGCUGCACCGUAUCUCUGCGCACGAUUCGAGCGUGACGAGUUUGUAGUUCGAUAGACGGUGGCUCGUGAUGGGCGGGAAUGACGAGCGGGCGAAGUUG